UUGAUGUCUUGCAUUUCCAGGCAUUUCAGUUCAGGAAAUUAAGUGGCCCUGCUUUUAUUAAUGAAGGGCAGCAAAGCAUUUACACUGUCCUAAUGGAUGGACCUCCUGAUACAGAUGUUACUCUGGAUCUUGCAACAGAAGUUGAUGGAUACAUAAAAACGUUGACUGAAAGGUUGACAUUCAACUCAUCCAAUUGGAAUGAAACUCGUGAAAUAUACAUAUUUGGUGUUGAUGAUGACGUCAUACGAUACUCUCCGUAUGGUGGAAUACUUAACAUAAAUUCCUCAAGCAGCAAUGUAUCUUAUGCUGCAACUGCUAAUCUGACGCUACUAGUAUCAGAUACUGAUAACUCUGGUGUUAUCAUUGUCAUGAAGGAGAGGUACCCAUUUCCUCCAGAUAUCCCCGAGGGAAGAUGGGCAGUGUAUGAAGUUACUCUCCCAAGCACUCCAACCCACUCUGUUACUAUAACUUUUCACUCACUCUCUCCUCGAGUGUCCCUUGGACCAUCUACCAUGACAUUUGAGCCUCAUAAUUGGAACGUGGCUCAAGAUCUAGUUAUUUAUGCAUUAGAGGAUACCCUCAAUCUUCCUUCCCCGUAUCCUGCAUCAUUCAACAUGAGCCUCUCUAGUGUCGACAAUAAUUUCAACAAAUAUCCUGUACCUGAUUUUAAUGUCACUGUUGAAGACAAUGAUGAAGAUGAAGCUGUCCUUUCUGGUACACUAGUCUGGAAGAAAGUCCCAAGCGGUUACCCGAGGACAAUGGCAGUGUUCACUCUAUCCCUUACUCUCUCCAGAAGCUACUAUGGACAAUACUCCAUUGGUAGUGAGGUCAGUAUGCCAGGGAUGCUCAUGUUUGGAGAUGACAGUGAGACAGACCAGCUCAUAAUGACAGUACAUGGAGUCAGUGAGAGAGAUGAGUACAUUGUUGCUGAAGGAACUGUGUCACAUUUAUAUCCCAUGGCCCAUCAGUAUGGAUCUCCUUGGGAAGCUGUGUAUGAAUACUGCUGCAGAGGCAAGGCACUACAGAAUAACAGACAAACAAAGCUAGCCCUUUCUGUGACAGUUGAUCUCAGUUAUCCUUCCUCUCCUCUUGUGCCAUCUCUUUCCAUUGUUCACUUGAUGUCCUCAAGCAAUGGAGACCAGUCCUUUUACUAUCCUGCUCUAUCUCCAUCGGAGAACUCUCUCUUCUUCUCUUUUGGUAGUCCGAUUGACUACCGAUCAAUACAAGCAGGGCCUCCUCAGGGCUUGCAUAUAGUACCUGUUACUGGUCAAGUGACUUGGAACACUGAACACGUGGUCCCUGGGGACUAUAGUGCACAAGUUAUCACACAGGAUGUGGAAACUGGCCUCAGGGUUGCCGCUGAAUUAAGGAUUAGAGUUUCGUCUGGUACCCGUCCUGUUAUUCCAGACCUUAGCAAUGCAGUCCCAUUUGAUGUCCUUUAUGUGAUGCAAGGAACUCAAGUUAAUUCCUCUUAUUUUAUCAAUGGAGGUCAAUCUGUUACAUUCGUCUCUCCUGUACCUAAUGGUCUUAUUGCUUAUGUUACUGAGAACAAUACUCUGACAGUGCAAUGGAAUGUAUCAUCAGUGCAGUCUGAGGGUCCUCUUAUAGUUUGUUUGUCUGUACUUGCUGAUAAUACUUCAUCUGUUCCUCUUUGUCUCUCGUACAUUGUACAACCAGGAGCCAAUGAGGAAUUUUCCCUUGAUUUCAAUGGCCCAGCUGUGCCUGGCAGAGUUUACCACCAGUCCUACGUACACGGACUUGAUGGGCGUGUACCUCUCACCUCUCUCCUCGUCGAGAGCUCACUCCCACCCACUCAAAUAAUUAAACACAUGACUCUAUACUUUGCAUCCUACUAUGACAGUACUAACGAGACACUUGAAGUGUUGCAGUACUCACACCCAUCAUUAUCAGUUGCUUAUGAAAACCCUCCACUUAAUCCAGCCUCUCCUCAAGUGCUGUAUGUUACUGGGGACUCUCCUCUCUCAGUUUACCUCCAGUUCUUACAACAUGUUUAUUACUCUAACAGAAAAGGUCUACCAACUAUUGGUCAUCGUCUUAUAUUAGUUAGACUGUAUGCUGAUAGCAGCAGGAGUAACUCGCUGGUCAAUUCCUAUGUUAACAUGUCUGUUAGUGUACAUAACCAUGCUCCAGUGGUUGCUACUAAUGGAAAUGAAGAGUCUUACACUAAUAGAUACUAUCCUAACAAUGAACCAGUUUCAGUUCUUAACCCAACAGGAGCUAGUGUAAGAGAUACUGACAGUCAGUACAUACACAAUGCUACAGUGACUCUUAACAAUCCACUGGAUGGGCCCCAUGAGUCACUACUAGUGACUUACAAGACUCCAGAGAGACAAAACCAACCAAUUGUCGUUGAGGGAUUGGGUCUCUCCAUUCCUUUUGGCCUCUUGUUUUCAGGUGAAAGAGUCCCUGAAGUAUCUCACACACUCAGUGUAGCUAGUACUGGACUGGUGAGUGAUGUUAGUGUGAUUAUUGACAUCAAGCACUCGUGGGUUGGUGAUCUAAUGCUAGAGCUAGUUCAUGGUCAUCGAACAGUCCUCCUAGUACUGAGUCCAGGGGGUCCCUCAUGCCCUCGUGAUGAUCUACACACAACAACGUUUGAUACUGAAUCCUCUGGAGAUUUGUUCCUUUCCAAGAGCUCAGUUUCUCCUGGUCUGUGUCAGUUCCAAACUCAAGGCUACUUUUCUUCAGAUGAGUCUCUUAAAAGUUUCUCCGGUGAUCCAAUUGAAGGUGACUGGACUCUUCGUAUCACUGACUUGCUUACCGGUAGGGACAACGGUCAACUGGAUGGAUGGGGUCUUGUUAUACGACCUGAAGAGACACACCUAAUUGUUUCGUCCCCUCCAGUCUCUCCUGUCAUUACAGUAAGAGGGAGAGAGGAGAGGAUCCAUUACAGAGAUGUAACAGCUGACGGUCGUAUCACAGACCUAUCAGUCAGCCUCCAUCUUACUUCUCCAUUCACAUCUUCACUCUCGUACUUGCCAACACUGAAACUGGUCCAUCCUGAUGGCACCAUCAUAACACUAUCAACCCAAGACUAUCCUCUUUGUGCUUAUGGGAACUUCUCUUACAUCAUUUUUGAUGAUAGAGCAUCCAGUGAUAGUAACUACACUGACUAUUCCUGCCUUUCCUUGUAUGAAGCUAAUGAAACCUCUAGCGGAGAGUUCUCCUCAAGUGCCAGCGGAGGGUACAAUUUCAGUUCUGGUUCUGGAUCUGAGUUUUCACAGUAUCUCCCAACACUUGAUGACAUAAUUGAUCUCAAUAUACCGAUACCAUUGAAGAGGUCGCUAGUGGACAAUCUUGCUCCACGGUCGCCGUUGUCUCUCCUUCGUGGCAAGCAACUCAGUGGACGCUGGACGCUUGUCAUAUCCAGUGAACAAGAGGCAAGUGUAGUUGGAUGGACGCUACAUAUUGCAAGGGAACCAAACAUUGAUCAUCAUUAUAAUCCAGUGACUGGGGUCCUUAGUCUAACUGGUUUAGACUCUCCUGCCAGUUACCAGGCAGUCCUCAGUUCUGUCGUGUACAAUAAUAACAAAAAAUGGCCUAAUUUCUCUGAGGAGAGAAGACUAGUCACAGAAUUGCAUGAUGGUCAUACUCAUUCCAAUGCCACCCUGCCUCAGUCUCAUUCCUAUAUCAUUGUCCAUCACAUCAUCAUUGAUCUUGAUCCUCUUAACAUCACGCCCGCAUCAACUCCUAACUAUUACACUAAAUUCCAAGAGCACAGUCCUUCUAUUCCACUCUUAGACCCCAGCAAUGCUGUAUUGACUGACGGUGGGUUUUCAGAGGGUCUGUACUCACUCAUCAUAACAGUGAGGAAUUAUUCUAAUUUCAAUAUGGAGGGGGUCUUGGUUAAUGAGUCACUGGUAGAGAUUGAGCAGCUCCACAGUAAACAAUAUGUCACAAUCAAUGAAAAUGAUGAUGACGUCCUCAUUCUUAAUAUCUCUACUUCAGUUCCUCGAGCUAUUGAGGUUUUUGAGAGAGUUCUACGGACAGUCGAGUACUAUAACGAUGCAGAGGAGCUCUUUGGGAUCUCUCGUGGCAUAGAAUUUAAAGUUUAUGAUUUAGCUAAUGGUAAUCAGUUUAUCAGCAGUGUCGCUACUGCAGCUGUUGAUUUUGUAUUUACUAACGAUCCUCCGGUCCUGAUAUUGAAUCCAGUCAGUCCAGGGGCUCCGUAUGUAGUGUAUUACGAUGAAGGAGAGGGUGAGGCAUUACUGACUAAUGACUCUUUGAUAUCUCUAACUGAUAAUGACGAUGAGUACCUCCAGUCUGUUACCAUUAGUAUAACUAACCCAUAUGACACUGUCAAUGAGUACCUUGAUAUUGAUGAGUAUAUCAUAGACACUACAAACAUCAGGUACUCUUAUAAUUUAUCAUCUAAUACACUUCUUUUGUAUGGCGAGGACACGCUGGAUAAUUAUACAGCUGUCCUAGGGAGUGUAACGUACAAUAACACAGUCCAUAGUCCUGGUAAUCCUGACCCUACUACUAGAGUUGUCAGCUUUGUUCCUUUUGAUGGGACUAAUAAUGGCCGACCUGCUUUUACGCUCAUAUCGUUCAUGAGCAUCAAUGAUGCUCCGUUUGGAGACCUUAACGGUUUUAAGGUACCCGGUAUUGAUAAUAACGUCACAUUUAUUGAGGAGAGAGGUCCUAUACCACUUCUUGAUCCUGACUCGUUCAUCAUGGAUGUUGAUAAUGUCACUUUGAGUUAUAUAUCAGUUCGUAUCAUUAAUCCAAUGGAUGGUCCUAAUGAGAUAUUGAGAGUUAGUAAUGUAAGCGAGAGAUCACCUGAUUCAACUAGAGAUGUGGUAAUCACUCUUAAUUACUUGCCCCAAGUUGUGUUUGAUUCCGAAUCGUCACUCCUCACCAUUUCUGGCCUCAAAACUGUGUAUGAGUAUCAAGAAGUCUUGAAGACUCUAUCGUAUAAUAACAUUGCUGAUGAGCCUGACCAGACUGAAAGAACUAUUGAGAUAAUUCUCAAUGAUGGUCUCCUUGAUUCUGAUCCACUUUACGUUGGAAUCAGGAUGGAACUGAUCAACGAUUCACCAUAUUUCAAUGACACAGCAUCACCAUUUAGACCACAUAUCAAUGAAGAUGUCUUUAUUGAUGAUAAUACUGGCAUCAAUCUCUUUGAUUUGAGUUAUCUCAUUCUUGACGAUGAUAUUGAUUCAGUCCCAGGUAUAGCCAUUAUAUCCAUUGACAGUUCUAACGGUCAAUGGCAGUACUCUUUAUACCCUCAAACAGCAAACUGGAGUGACAUACGUACGCCUCUAUCUCUAUCUAAUGCCCUCACACUUUCAGCUGGAGCAACCACUAGUUCCCGCCUUCGUUUCCUACCUAAUAGAGACUACAACGGAGUGGCUAGCUUUAGGGUAGUAGCGUGGGAUGGUACUGAUCUUCCUAUUGGUAGCUAUACUAAUGCUCUCUCUCACUCAUUGAUAGACUCAUACAGUUAUGCUACUGUACAUAUCAAUCUAACUGUUGUACCUGUUAAUGAUGCGCCUGUGUUGCAUGAGGUUCUGCUCAACUUUACAUCGAUUGAUGAAGAUGAUUACAACUCGACUGGCGAUACUAUACUCAGUCUGCUCCAGUUUGCUUACGAUGUUGAUAUACCUUUGCAACAGAAUGAACUAGGACUUGCAAUAACAGGAGCCGAUGGAGACAAUGGCCUCUGGCAGUAUAGUCAUGACGGUGGAGCCUCUUGGACUGAGUUUGGGUCUGUUAGCGGAGAGCAUGCUUUGUUAUUAAGAAGUCUACCUGAAGAGAGUCAGAGGAUCAGAUUUGUUCCUAAUAAGGAUUACAAUGGUUUGGUCAGCAUCUCUUUCAAGGCAUGGGAUCUGAGCUAUGACGGAUUGAUCAAUGAUAAUGAUACCAACAAUGAUUCGAUUUUAGAAUCUGGUUCUGGCUUAAUGUCUGGAUCAGGAUCAGAUUUGUUGAUGUCAGAAUCAAACAAAACCAAUCAACUCCCAACCUAUGUCGAUACUUCUCUCUCUGAUCCUGUGAUUGGUCCGAUUAGCGUUAACACUACAUCAGCUACGAUCUUUGUUGAGCCGAUCAAUGAUUCACCAGUUAUCAGAGAGGGUAUGGCCAUGAUGCUGAUCAAAGAAGAUAUUGCUAUUGAGAGGAAUCACGGUACAAAAGUUGCUAACAUCAUCACAUACAGUGAUCAGUAUUACAACGAUGUUGAUGCUUAUCCUGAAAGAGGACUUGCGGUAAUACACGUGAACAAUCAGUAUGGUGUAUGGCAGUAUACUUGUGAUUCACCCAGUAAUUAUUCCAGCUGGAGAGACUUUAUUGGUGACAUACACUAUGGAGUCAUAGUCCCACCUCUGCCUCUCAAAGAGAAAGCAACUCUUUUAGCUGCUACCUGCUCAAUAAGGUUUCUACCACAGACCCAUUUUAAUACAGAACUUGAUUAUGUCAAUAACCCAAGACCACUCUCAGACACUCCGUACAUAAUAGUUCAUGGUUGGGAUAACACUGGACUGACUCAAGGUCUCUCUGGUACGUAUGGUAAUGAUGCUACUUACGCCAAUAACUCAAUCACUAAUGAAUACAGCUCUGAUAGUAUAAUCGUACGCAUUAGUAUCCAGUCAGUUAAUGAUGUCCCUAUAUUGUUCCUUAGCAAUGAGACUACACCAUCUUUCUCAACUGUUUUCUACGAAGACCUUCCAUCAAUCUCUGCCGUAGGUGAAGACCUGACACUCAUUGAUAAUGAUCACGAUAGACUUGUUAGUGCUACCAUUACCAUAUAUGGUGGUAUUGAGGAGUCUCCUUUCAACGAGACUGAAGUGAAUGAGUUUAUUGAGUUGAGGAGACAAGAAGUGAGCACUGAUGAUAUGGUAUUUAUGGGCAGCGGAAGUGGAGGGAAUUUCUCUAACGCAACAAGCUUACCUCCUGAUCCAGUCCAACUGCAAUAUAUUGAGUAUCUUCAGUUGUAUGUUCUGAAUAAGAGCAAUCCUACACCAGAGGAGCUCUAUUGUGCUGGAUUGAGUGAGAGAAAGGAAGAGUUGUUUAUCACUACGCUAUACACUGAUCUUGUGACUGAAAUAACAAGCUGGUGUCCAUUUUCAGUUACCAUAUACACUAACCCAGACUAUGGCCUGCCCGAUACUGAUAAGACCCAGUUCCAAAAGGUACUCAGAACUGUCCGAUACAACAACAGCAUUCAAGAACCUAUUGGAGACUACAGGACCAUAUCAUUUGUGGUAUCUGAUGGGGUUGGUGACAGCAUUACUGUGAAUACCACCAUCUUUAUUGAGCACAUCAAUGAUGCACCUAUACUGGACAUCAAUGACUACAUUCCUGAUGUUAACAAUUAUGUUGUAUACACAGAAGGGGACGUACCUGUGAUCCUUGCUAAUUACUCUGGUCUCAGGCUUGUUGAUUUUGAUAACUUGUAUCUUCAAAGUGCCACCAUUACAUUACUAAUUGCACCGGAUACGGUAAACGAGACUCUAUCUGCUGACACCACAGGGACUAACAUUAAUAUGACUUAUACUAAUUAUACAUUGUAUCUAACUGGUAAUGAUACUGUUGAGUCUUAUGCUGAAGUCCUUGCUACUGUCACUUACACUAAUACAUAUGCAUAUCCUGGUCAUCCUGAUGAGACAAUGAGACAGAUUGAGUUUGUUGUGUCCGAUGGUGACCGCUCAAGCUCUCCAGCUCUUUGCUUUGUGACUUUUAUUGGAGUAAACGAUCGUCCAAAUAUCGACGUAAAUGGGGAUGCUUUUGGCCGCAAUUACACGACACAGUUUCGUGAAGAGGAAGGACCUGUAUCAGUUGCCAGUCCUUUCACAAUAUUGACUGAUGUUGACAACGUCACUUUGGAGUAUGUCACCGCAAGGAUACUUAACCCACUGGAUGGUAGACUGGAGUCUCUGGAUGUGGACUCCAUAGUCCUUGAGAGGGUCAUUGAAAAGAAAUAUGAUAGUUUUGAGAAGGUUGUUGAAGUGACUAAUCUGGUACCGAAUGUCACUUAUAAUAGUACCAGUGCUACUCUACACAUAUCAGGUCUUGAUAGCGUGUAUGAGUAUAAGCUUAUUCUCAGAACCAUCACCUAUAAUAAUCUUGCCGACGAGUUUAUGAGGCCUCCUCGCAUUAUCGAGUUCAUUGCAAGUGAUGGAGUGUUGGAGAGCUUCCCUGCUUAUACACAUGUAGACAUGAUACCUAUUAAUGACUCACCGUUCUUUAAUAAUGUACCUAUCAUAGUUCCUCACAUUAGAGAAGAUGAAACAGACAGCGAGGGAGAGAGCGUCUCGGCCAUUGCUUCUCCUCUUAUUGAGGAUGAUGACUCACUGUAUGAACCAAUCACUAAAGGUAUUGCUGUUGUGAAUACUGAGAACACUAAUGGUGUCUGGCAAUACAAACUAAAUGGAUCAAGUGUCUGGAAUGACUUCCCUCCAAAUACAUCUUACACAAGGGCUGUAUUGCUAACUGCAACAAAUGAGAAUUUCAUUCGUUUUGUACCCAAUAAAGAUUUUAAUGGUAACUCUAGCCUUACGUUUGUUGCAUGGGAUACAGUGGAUGAACUCCCUGAUGGUCAUGUUCGUGUAGCACUCACUAACGAUAGUACUGAUCCAUUCAGCUCAGAGUCGAGGAGCCUAUUGGUAGUAGUAAUGCCUGUUAAUGAUGCACCUGUCCUUAAUACAUCUGUUACCAUAGUCCUCCCACCAAUUCUUGAAGACGAUGUUAUCGAUCGUCCUUCCCUUGGGGUUGACGUCUCAGUCUUUCUACCAGCUCUAUUAGAUGAUGUAGAUCAGCCCAUUGACUCUCAUGAGUUUGGUAUUGCCGUAGUGAGUGCUGACCAGAGCAAUGGCUACUGGCAGUUCAGUACUGAUCAGGGCACCUCCUGGUCUAACAUGUCAUCUCCUUCACCAAGCAGUGCUCUGGUAUUAAGAACUGAGCCUUAUGGCACACACAGAGUGAGGUUCGCCCCUAGACUGAAUUACAAUGGUGACACAUCGCUUCAGUUUAAACUCUGGGACAUGAAUGAUACCUAUCCCAGUGGCCAGCAAGGCGUGAACACUGAGACCACUGAUAGUGUUACUGGUACGUUUAGCAGGGGCACUGGCACUGCUACACUUGACAUUGAGCCUGUGAACGAUUCACCAACCCUGGACCCUGGCCCUGUAUUCCCUGAUAUAGAAGAAGACUAUAGCAAUUUCAAUAAUCUGGGUACAUAUGUGAGUGUCAUUACUAACUUUGUGUAUAAUGAUGUUGAUGGAACUGAUGAUGUUGGCGUGGCUGUGGUUGGCAUUAACAGGACAUAUGGUGAAUGGCAGUACACUUGUGACGGGCUGAUAGGGACAAGAUGGCUACAUUUCAUCGGUGGGCAUCAAUUUGGUCAGAUUGCUCCAAGGGAACCAUUACCAGAGAGAGCCACUCUACUACUGGACACCUGUCGUAUUAGGUUUGUCCCACAGGAGAAUUUUAACUCACAGUUUGAUGAAAAUGGUGAUCCAAGGCCAGCCUCCGACACUCCAUACAUAGAGAUAAAGGGUUGGGAUAACACUGGAUCAACUAACGGGUUUAACCUGCGUUAUGGUAUUGACACAACCACUGGUAAUCACACUGAUUCAUUCAGUAGAGAAAUUGAGCGUGUUAAUAUCACAGUAACAUCAAUCAAUGAUAGACCAGUAUUGAAUCUCAAUGGGACUCAAAGUGACUAUCAAACGACCUUUACUGAGACCUGGCCUAAAGGCACAGUAGUCCCUGUACAAGUUGUUGACCCACUUACCUUUAAUCUAACUGAUGUGGACAAUAACCGCCUCGUCAAAGCAAUUAUAUACUUUGAACAGUAUGAUGAUUUCCAUGAGAGCUUGAUUAUCAAUGUUACUGGCACUGGACUCAAUUACACCAUUAUGUAUGAGGGAUCUCUAUAUGUACUUACACUAAAGCCACUCUCUGGUAACAGUGCUCCUAUUGAAGACUUUCGAAGUUCAAUAAAGACACUGCAGUAUCAGAACACUGCCGAAGAGCCUAACUCGACUAGUCGUGUCGUUAUAUUCCGUAUUGAUGAUUUUGAUUCAUUCUCAUCUACUUCAAGGAGUACGAUACUGAUUGAGCUAGUCAAUGAUCCACCUGACAUUGACCUCAAUGUAUUCUUGAAUGGAACUUAUAAUCUUGUUAAUUACACGGAAGGACAGGGCCCUGCAUUGUUAUUAGAUGAAGAUGAUCUCUCUCUUACUGAUAAUGAUAACACCAGUUUCUAUAGCAUCAGUGUUGUACUCAAUGCUAAUCCUGACGGUCAGUAUGAAACACUUUCUGCUAAUAGCAGUGACACUAACUUAACCACCAGUUAUUCCAAUGGUACCUUACUUAUACAAGGUCCAGGAUCAGUGUCUGAUUUUAUUAGUGUCUUGCUAACAGUCUCUUAUAAUAAUUCACUGUCUCAUCCUGGCUCUCCAUCAGAUGAUACUCGUGUCAUUGAUGUCAUUGUCAGUGAUGGAUUGAAUGUAUCUUCAGCUCCUGUCUAUCUAUCAUUCACUGCUGUCAAUAACAGACCAAUACUGGAUCUCAACGGUAAUGACACCGGGUUUGAUUUCAGGACAAAGUUCUAUGAAGAGGAGGGACCAGUAGCAGCUGUAGACCAGGACAUGAUACUCAUUGAUAUUGAUAAUGAUACUCUUGAGUACGUAAUGGUUGUCAUCAGCAAUCCACUGGAUGGCUCCCACGAGAGACUAUGGGUAAGGAACGUUACUGAAUAUAUUGGAAACCCUCUGGGCCUCCAUUACUCUGUGUGGAACUUUAGACCCAAACAAUAUUACAAUUAUACUAAUAGUACCCUCUUCAUCACUGGACUGGAGUCAGUCUAUGAGUAUCAACAGGUUCUUAAGACUCUUACUUACAAUAAUUCAGCUGAUGAGCCUCAGAAUGAGACUAGAGUUCUAUCCUUCUUUGUAUCUGAUGGUCUUAGUAUCAGAUCAGGUGUUAAGACUGAUAUUGAUAUCAUUAACAUCAAUGAUUCACCUUAUAUCAACCAAUCAGUGAUACCGUAUCACCCUAUCACUUACGAAGAUAUUAACAAUAAUUCUAAUAUUGGUUGGUCACUGAAAGCCAUUACAACUGGUCUCAUCCUUGAUGAUGAUGCUAAUCAUAAAGAAGGUGUUGCCAUUGUUGCCCUUGACAGCAGAUAUGGUCACUGGGAGUACACUACUAAUUAUAAAGAGGAUGAAGGAGAGAGUGGAUCCGGUGGAAUCAUUGAUUCAAUCAUAUCAUAUAUCAGUGGAUCUGGUAAUGAUUUUACUGGAUCAGGUGAGAUCAGUGGAUCAGGUCAAGUCAGUGGAUCAGGUGAAAUCAGUGGAUCAGGUGAAAUCAGUGGAUCAGGUCAAGUCAGUGGAUCAGGUGAAAUCAGUGGAUCAGGUGAAACCAGUGGAUCUGGCUCAGUCUCAUUACAGACCAAUUGGUAUCCUUUACCAGUCAAUACUAGUCUAUCUUAUGCAACCGUACUUAGAGUCAAUGGGGAUGCCAAUAGAUUGCGUUUUGUACCACACAAAGAUUUCAAUGGUAAUGUAUCAUUCUCAUUUGUUGCAUGGGACACAACUGAUCAUCUCAGUGAUGGAUCUAUAACCAAUGCCACCUCUGUCUCUAGAACUGAUCCCUUCAGCUCUGAGACUGUGACCACAACAGCCACAGUGUCCCCAGUCAAUGAUGUCCCAUUAUUGUCCAAUGAUACGGUAUCAUUAAUGAGUAUAUUGGAAGAUGACAUUAACUCUGUUGGUAAUGAUGUAGUAUUAUUGACUAGUGGGAUCACAGAUAUUGACACCAGUGAUCAGAUAUAUGGUAUAUCAAUCAUCGAGACUGAUUCAGAUAAUGGCACAUGGCAGUACACUACUGAUGGAGGCAACACUUGGAACAGCCUCUCUUCUGAUAUAUCUCCUGAAAACUCACUCCUUAUCAGCUCUCAUCCUCCUGGUAUGAACAAAAUCAGGUUCAUACCAUAUCAAGACUUCAACGGCAAUGUUAGUAUAACAUUCCUAGCAUGGGAUUUGACAUCAGGUCAAGCUAGUGGCACUGAAGGUGCUGAUGUUAGCACCAGUGAUCCUAUCACUGGGCCUGUUAGUACUACAUCAGUUAAAGCUGUACUCUACAUUGAACCUGUGAAUGAUUCUCCAGUCAUAAGAGAGGGAAUGAGUCUAAGCACUAUAAUCGAAGAUUAUCCUGUUAGUGAAAACGAAGGCGAUACUGUAGCUUAUAUUGCUAAUGGUCUUUAUUACACUGACGUUGACGACUCCUCUCAGACUGGCCUGGCUGUUGUUGGUGUUGAUGUUCGUAAUGGGGUCUGGCAGUACAAGUGCAAAGGAAGCUGGAAUACUUUCAUUGGAGAUUACAUAUACGGCAUAGUCAUUCCUCUUCACCCACGUCCAGAGAAAGCCACUCUUCUCUCCUCUGAUUGUAGGAUACGUUUCCUACCAAACUACCUCUUCAACUCAAUGCAGUACCUUGAUGGUAUGCCACGCCCACUUUCUGAGACUCCAUAUAUAAUUGUGCGUGGGUGGGAUAACACAGGAUUGAGUCAUGGGCUGAGUGGUCGUUAUGGUAUUGACACUACUUAUAAUAAUGACAGUAUUUUGAAUGAGUUCAGUAGCGAUACCGAGAGAGUCACCAUUACUGUAUCUAGUGUUAACAAUCUUCCUGUCCUCAAGAUUACAAGUGAAGGAGAUGGAGAAAGCUACUCAGUUCUGUUCACCGAAGAUGAUCCAUACGUUAGAAUAGUUGAUCCCGAAUCAGUCUCAAUCACUGAUCUUGAUCACAUUAAUCUCAAAUCAAUCACUGUGAUCAUUGAGAAUGUCUAUGACGAUGAGGAUGAGAUCUUGAGUCUGAUAAUACCCAGUAAUGUAUCUGACAUCAACUAUAAUGACACAAUGGGUAUUGUUAGUGUCAGUAACGGCAAUGAGACUGAAGUCUUAAGAGUGACUAGAGAGUCCUCUUUCAAUGAUUCUUUUCUCCUCCUUGAGUCAGAGUACCCUGGUGUCAAGGUAUCUCUUGAGUCGUAUGCUAAAGUUCUCCAGUACAUAGUGUACAUUAAUACUCACACAGAGCCUGUUAAUGAAACCCGUUUGAUUCGUUUCCAUGUUAACGACAGCGAAGGUACCAAUUCAAAUGUAACAACUAGCGUUGAGUAUAGAUUACUGGCUGAGAAUCACCCAAUACUGAAAACCUACCUCUACCAGAUCUUGUUUACUGAGGGGGAGGCUUCACCCAUUCCUCUUGUGUCUAGUAACUUGAGUCUGACUGAUCUUGAUCAUAACGAGUUCUUUUAUAUUGCUAGUGUCAGGAUGAACUUGUCUCCAGUGCCAAUCAGUAGCGAAGAGUACUUAUCUGUUAAUAUUAGUCCCUCUGAUGGGCUCACUCAGCAUUAUAAUCCUCUCAAUGGAGUAUUGUUAAUAACAGGACCAGCACCAGUUCAUGUCUACCAGUCAGUAUUGAGAACUGCAGUCUAUCACAAUACCAUUGAGGAACCACCUCCUGGUCAAAGGACAGUUACUAUACGAGUCACUGAUGCUCAUAAUCUCCGUAGUAACACUGAGACCGUUACUAUUGAUGUUAGUGUCAUUAAUGAUAGGAUCCCUAUCAUUCAAACUCUUGAAGAGCCUUUUGAAUACCUUGAGCACCUAAUGGAGACUAAUCCAAUCCCUCUCCUGAUAUCAAAUGGUUUAUUAGUAUCUGAUGCUGACAGUGGAGACUUGCCUCUACACUCUAUCACUAUUGAGUUGACUAAUCCUCUGAAUGAGGCCAUGGAAGAGGUACUCAGUGUACAACCAGCCACUGGUAUAAGAGCAAGCUACGUUAACUACACAUUGAGUCUUACAGGCCCAGCCAGUGUUUCUUAUUUCCAACAAACUCUCUCGACUCUCACAUAUGUAAACCUAGCAGAAGAACCAAUAAUGGAAGAGAGAGUCAUAGAACUGAUAGCAUACGAUGGGAUCCAUUACAGCAAUGUGUCUAUCAUUAGUAUUGAUAUUAUGCUGCUCAAUGAUGCACCUGUCAUUGAUUUGAAUGGACCUAGUGGUAUAGAUGUCAAUUACAUGAUAGAAUACACGGAGGGAAGUGGGCCAGUAUCCGUAGUCAAUGAGUCAGAUCUCAUCAUAUAUGAUAAUGAUAAUGACUACCUCACAGGUCUCCUAGUCGUCAUUGAGAAUCCUUUUGAUGCACCAAAUGAAAUACUAGCUGUAUCUAUACCAACCAAUUACACUGUCAUAAGAAGCAGUUACAAUACAAGUAGUGGAGUAUUGACACUGUCUGGUAAUGCUACUGUGGCUGAAUAUGAAGAAAUAAUAAGGACAAUCACUUACAGCAAUAACGAGGCUCUUCCUGGACAUCCUAAUACUACCAUGAGAAGGAUAAGAUUCAAUGUUUUUGAUGCUAAUAACUCGAGUAGACCAGCAUUUACUUUCUUGACAUUCUCAUCAGUCAAUGAUCCACCAAUGAUUGAUCUCAAUGGAGACUCACCUGGUGUCAAUUACAGUGUAGUUUUCAUUGAAGAAGGCUCACCAGUCUACCUCACUGAUCGUAACAUUACACUAGUUGAUGUUGAUAGCUCCAUCAUUUCGGAAGUGAGGGUUCUCAUUUUGAAUUGUCUUGAUGGAGACCUUGAGGACUUGAGUCUUGAUGACGACAGCAAGCUACCCCCACUCCUCACUGCUAUGAUGAGCCAAGCAUGCGAAUUUACAAUCAGUGGCUCUGGCACUGCGGAAGAAUUCCAAAAUACACUGAAACUCUUAACAUACUCUAAUAAUGCUGAUGAGCCUCAGUAUUCCCCUAGACUCAUUGAGAUAACAGCUGAUGAUGGUUUUAAUAGGAGCAUACCAGUAUAUACCAGUGUGACCAUUCUACCUGUUAAUGAUCCACCCACUCUACAGAUUGCAUCGGGAUCCUUUACUUACGGGGUCAAUGUAGGCGUGUCUGAUGGAGAAGCUCCCAAUGUUCCAGACCCAGGUUUUGGUUCAGGAUUCUCAUCCUCUGGUUCUGGAAUGUCAGGAUCUGGAUCUGGCGAUAUUGAUUCACCAUUGUCUAAUGCAUCAGCCCUGGGAUCAGGUGAUGAACCAAUGAUGACACAAGUCAAUGUCACCGAAGCUGAUUUCUUAACACUGUACACUGAGAAUGGGCCGAGUGUAUUAAUAGUACAGCCUGAGUAUGUAAUGGUUGGAGAUGAAGAUAACGAUAAUUUGCAAAGACUACAAGUUACUCUACAGAAUGAGCUUGACAUUGGUCAAGAGGCCAUCUUCUUUAAUGAGGAAGAGCUGGAUAAGAUUCCAGAUGAAAGCCUGAGGAGAGCACUCAAGAUAGUCCUUGGUGGCUAUGUUCAAAAUGGUUGUCCUAUUGGCAGAGUGCACUAUCCAAUGAUAGACCUUGAGCUGCUCCUGACGCUAGAGCAAAUGAACUAUACAGUUAAGAGCCUUCACUAUUGCAACACUGAUGAAGACCCUUCUCCCGAGAAUCGUACAAUUACUUUCAGAGUUCAAGAUCCUCAAGGUGCUUGGAGUAACAUUGAGACGGCCAUUGUUCAGAUAAGACCGAUCAAUGAUGUGCCGAUAUACCAACCAUCCCUUGGGUUUGAUCCCACUGUCACUACCCUAGAGGACACUCCAAUCACUAUCAGUGUCUUACAGAACUUUUUUGAUCACGAGGAGAUUCUUAAUGGCAGUGCUAUUCGUGUAGUAAGAAUAGAGCCAGAGUUUGGAGAAGCAACUGUUAAUAAAACUAACGGUAACAUAAAUUAUAGUCCAGCUACAAAUGACAAUGGUAUUCGUGUUAUUCACUAUCAAGCGUGUGAUUCAAGAGGUGGCUGCUCAAUUGUACAAAACAUUACGGUGACGAUUACACCUGUUAACGAUCCACCCUAUCUCUCUCAAGAUCUCAUUAUUGAGAUUGAAGAGGAUGUUGAAUCUGUUGUUAUAAAUCUCACACAAUAUCUAGCUGACCAUGAGGACGACCUCGUUCCCUCUUCAUCCUAUCCAGUAGCAACUGGUAUAUCUGAUGUCACUCUCCUCACUGUGUUCUUGGAUAGUACUAAUAAAAACAUGAUGACAAUCUCACCAACCCUUAAUAACAACGGAAUAGAUGCAUUCAAACUGACUUUCUGUGACAGUCAAGGAAGCUGCACUACUGUAAAUGUGACUGUCAUUAUUUUACCUGUCAACGACUUACCAGAAAUAAUUGUCAACUAUCCACCUAGCACUGUUACCUACACAACAGAUGAGGAUGUCCCCAUUUCCCUCUCAGUCACACUGUAUGAUGUAGAAUCCAACCUAUCCUCCCCAAUGAUUGUCAGCUUUCCUUAUAUGGGCAAUGGGAAUGUGACGCUGUCUCCGCCCGAUGGACUCUCCGUUGUACCGGUGUCCGAUGUUGUGGUGAGACGUAGGAACAGCUUGCGUCAGGAGGUCAGUUUCACUUAUGCUCCUGAUCAUGAUUAUAAUGGAAACGACUACAUUACACUCUCAGCUAUGGACAGUGAAGGAGGUGUCUCUGAGGUCAAUAUCAGUAUCAUUGUACGGUACAUCAAUGAUGCACCAAGGUUUGGUAUCACGAGUCUUGUCAUUAAAGAGGACACUCCUCAGUCUCUCACUCUCCCUGGAGGCCUUGAGGUCUCAGAUCCAGAGGAAGCCCUAUAUCCUGGAUCAUUCUAUAUACUACAACAGCCUCAGCAUGGUACCCUCUCUUACGACCCAAUUAACGGGACUCUCCUAUACAUACCUGAUCUACACUACUUCAGUACUCCUGAGGCUCCUGAGUAUUAUAUCAUUGGUGCAUGCGAUGGAGCUACUGAUGAUGAACUGUGUACUAAUGUCACUAUUAAUGUUACUGUAUUGUCAACUAAUGAUGCACCAGUCCUGCCUCCAUUCACAGUUACUGUGUAUGAGGAUCACGUACUCACGUUCAACCUCUCUAAUCACACGUUUGACGUUGAGGAUCAAACCCCGCCCAUCUCUCUCAUCACUCUCCUUGAUCCACUCCCACCUCGUGGCUCUGUACAGUUCAACAGGUUGAAUGGUAUUAUAACAUACACACCAAAUAAGGACUACUAUGGGAUGGACUAUUUAUAUUUUGAGUCCUGUGACACUGAUGCUCAUUGUACCAAUGGUACUGUUACUAUAAUUGUUCUUAAUGUUAAUGAUCCUCCUACUGCCGAGAGUUUUAUACACGACGUUAUUGAGGAUGAUUUUGAUUUGAUAUCAAUACGUGAUCACUCCAGUGACAGCGAGAGCCCUGAUACUGACCUCAAAAUCAAUCUCAUUGAUCCUAACACAAACCAACGAUUGGCAGGUAGAGAGGGCACUACACUUAACGGUGCUAAUCUUCGUAUAUACCAGUCCUAUGGGAUCAUCACUUACGAGCCUCCGAGCAAUUUCAUUGGCUACGAUAACUUCACCUUCAUGGUCUGUGAUACAUGUGAUCCUAGUCGCCUGUCUGAGCUGGGUAAGAUAAGUAUUGAUGAGGACUGUGUGAGACAGAAUGAAGUUGGAGUUAGCACUACGGAGAGUGCCACUUGUGCAAGGGCUACUGUUAGCCUGAUAGUUGCUAAUGACAGAGAUGUGCCUCUCAUUAAGAAUAUUGUUAGUACGACCAGUCAAGGAAUAUCAAUAGACCUUGAUCCAUUUAAUGAUUCAAGGGUACUCACUCCCAAUGGGUAUUUCUAUUCUAAUUCGUCCCUCAGUGUAUAUGAUGUUGAUGACUAUCAGUCUGUGUAUGCCAUGUCACGAGGCUUUAAUCUCACCCAGUUACAACUAUCUUCUACUACUAAUAUUAAUGAGAGUUCAUUGCGGCUUACAUCACAGCCUGACGGAACCGUUCAGCUACUUACCAGGAAUAAUCUAACAUAUUUUAGAUACACCCCACAGACUACAUUCAGUGGCUACGACAGCUUUACUUAUGAGAUAUGUGACAUAUCCCUGGAUGAAAGGCUUCCUCUCUGCUCUCAAGCAACAGCUAAUAUAAGAGUUACAACAGUGGGGCCUAGUAUUACCAGUGUAAUGGCGGUCUCAAGCCUUGACAGUAAUGGCAAUGACACUGAUAGUAAAGUGUCUAGAGGAGAUUCCAUUAGAAUCAGUUUCUCAGUUGAUACUAACAUGCCUCCUUACAAUUCUACCACUGCUACGCUCAGUACGUAUGACAUUGACAAAUUGUUUGAUUUUCCACAGAGAUUCAUACCUAGCAAUCUCAUCUUAAAUCCCUACGAAGGCCGUUGGAUCACACCAUCAGAAUUACAGAUCAAUAUAACUGAUGAAGGCUACCCACAGCCUGAGAGCAAAAUUGGCCACUGGACAAUAGCAGUGAGAGACAAUCCUGAGCAGAUAUGUGGUGCUAUUGAUGGAAAUGGUAGAGUUACAAUCACGCCUUAUUGUCUGGUAUCAUCAGACGGAUUCUCUAUUCAUUCCACAUCCGUCUCUCCACCAUUGACUGGUAACUGGGGUCUGCGACUACCAGAACUGUCAGCAGUGCUGCUCAGAAACGUUCAAGUAGAUGAUGCGGCACAGUUGGGAGAUGAUUUGUUUUUUGUUGACAGUCAAAUAAAGAUAAUAUUAAAAGAGCCUUUCUCUCAUUUCCAGCUCCAGUAUUACUGUCGUAUGCCUCCCGAGUACAUACUCAACGGAACUGAGCUAGCUGAAAACAUGACUUUUGUAGUCGUUGGAUGUGAGAAUAAGCUCAGAAACGGUUCUAACAUUGAAAACAUUUAUCCAAACCUUAUUCAGGAAACUAUGAGACAUUUGAAUAAUUUUUCUAGUGACGAGGAAGCCCGUCGAAAGAGACAGACCUCAAGUGGAAGAGGUGAUGUGGUGCAGCCAAUAAUAUCAGACAUUACGCUUCGUGUAGUAAGUUAUAGCGGAGAGCUGAAGAUUAAUCCAGUUAAUAAUCCAGUGGCUUUCACUUCAGCUAUUACUAGAGGAUUCAAUCGUACUACACUAGCUGUUGUCAUACAGAAGCUGCUUGGAGUUGAUGCUGAAAUAUUAGAAAGAAUUGAUAGAGACACCGUAAGGACCAGCAUUGGAUCAUAUUACACAGUGCAUGAUAACUUUAUAACUCCAUCUAUAUCCAGUGUUACUGCAAAUGAUCCCAAUUGCCUCCACACUGAGGUUGGUACAGGCGAUACACUCACUAUUGCCUUUAGUGAUGAUACAAAUCGACCCGCUGUAGCAACUAAGUCAGACAUUGACAAGAUAUUUAGAUUUGAUCCUCCACUGGCCUCUGAUUACACAGGAAGCUGGACGACACCCUCAUCCCUUGUUAUCACCAUUGGCAGUAGUCCCAGUCAAAACCUCUCUCUCAAUAGUUUUUCCCUUACUUUUACUCCGAAUACCUUUCAUGAUGGAAGCUAUGUUGUGUCCAACAAUACGUACUAUCCCACCGAGUAUCCACAGUGCAUUGGUAUUAACGUCUGUACCAAUAAUGGCUCUCAUGAAACAGUUGGUGUCUGUUCAGCUAAUGGUCUCUCGUGUCGAGCGUAUGCUACUCAUCAGAACUUGGCUGGAGAUUUCAGUGGAGGAGCUGUCUGUCGUGAGCCAGAGACCACACCUUUAACAUGGCUAUGGGUACUUAUAGGAGCCAUUGGUUUAAUACUGGUAUUCUUGCUUGUACUAUUGAUCUGCUAUUGCUACAGGAGAUACAAGCAGAAGAAGCAGAGAGAGGAAGCCAUGAGAGUAGUCAAGAGAUGGGAGAAAGAGAAGUAUGACGUCAAAAAAGAGACAGAGAAGAAGGAUAAGCCAGCCCCUUGGGUGAAGCCCCCUGACGUACAGACUAUAAGAGACAGUACUGAUCCUUUUAGUGAUACUGCUCAAGAUCCCUUCAGGAAUAUGCCUCGGCCACCAACAGCUGCUAAUGAGAACUUGCCUCCUAUUGCUGCUAUACCAAAGAGCUUUAUACCACGGGCAGGAGGACGGGUUGCCCCUAUGAUACCCUCAAUACAUGGAAUGGGUCUAUCUACACCUGCUGCCACUGGAGAGAGUGUCAACAGUCUUCACUCUUUAUCACCACUGGGUCUUCCACGACUGGUCAAUGUCCCUCAGAGAAGACCAUCAUUGGACUCCGUUAGUCCACCUCAGUUAGCUCCUCUUCAAGGACCACUCCACCUUUAUGGACAAAGAGCUCUAGGCCAGACCUCACCGACUCCAGAGGGACGGACUGCUCCUAUGCAGUCAUUACCAGGUGCUCUAAUACCCAAACAGCUUCCUCCAAUGGGUGCUAUUGGACAGCCUAAAGUACCCGUGAUGCGUAGCCUCUCAGUCCUGGCUCCUCCUGCCCUUCCUCCUAUUGGUGAACACGGAGGCAUUACCUCAUCCUCUGACGAGAACGUUACUAGUACCAGCGAGGCAGGUGGUGGGAUUACUUCAGAGGGUAGCAGACCUGGUCAGCUCUCACGGAGACCCUCGCUCCAGUCUCCAUUGCCCGGUGUCCUUAGACCUCCUCCUCUUAGACAACCCUCUGUAUCAGUUCUCCCUCCUGUGCCGUCUCGUCGUGUGUCCGCUGAUCCAUUUGCCACUGUCCCUACUCCUCUUCAAAGAGCUCCUACAACGUUAUCUCUCACUCGGCCGGUGAGCCAGGCUCCUUCUGACUUACGUAGACCAGCUUUACCCUCUAUACCGUCGACCAGGAGGGAAGAGGAUUCGUUUCCAGUUACCACGGAAACAGAAAUGAAUACAACGACAAGUGAUCCAGCAAGUGAUACAGGAACUGAUUAACUUUAACUUUAUUUAAUUAAUAAUUAUUAAUACUAUUUUUAAAACA